CCUUGACCCAUCUAAACUUGCUGAGGCUUCAAAUCGUCUUUUAAGUUGUUUAACACCUAAAUUAAAGCAAUCAUAUCAUCUAGUAGUUAGUUUCUCAGAAGAAAAAGCACGUUUUCAAAUUUGUCUUGACACUUCAUUGUGGUUCAACGUUUAUCUCCAGAACCAGAAAAUGUAUGAUUUUACCAAAGCGAUUAAUGUUGCUAGACAAUACAUUACAAAUACACGCCUUAAAGUUUCACCUGAGGAUGAAGCACCAUUUAUCGUAGAUUAUAAAGAAACAGAAAAGGACAAAGCAUUUGUUCUAUGUCCAUACUUUCCUACCGGUAAAUGUAAAAAUUCCAAGGAAAUGUGCUAUUUAGAUGAUCAUCCUGACAUUAUUUGUAAAGUAGAUGUGGUAACUAGAGAUGGAAGACAAACUAAAUGCAAUUUUUAUUUUGCUAUAAAGCUUAUCGUGAAUGAACUAAGCAAUGGAGAUAGAAAGCAUAAACAUUAUACUAACAAAACUUUGGUACAACAUAAACCAUUUUGGGAUGACUUACUGAGUAAACGUCAGAAAUUAGACUUCUAUUCUAUAGCAAUUAAUUAUGGGUUAUGGGAAACUGGACAGUCACAAAAUAAAUAUGCACAGGAGUGUCACGCUCAUAUUCAUUUGUAUUUUACUGCAAAUGCUUGGAAUAAGGUGAAGAAAAGAAUAAGUGAUCCAGAUGUUUUACUGAAAUUUAAUGUUAGGGACUUCUCCGGGUUGAACUAUUUGCUUCAAGAUUGUGCUGAGUUGGAAGAUAAAAAGCUACGACCUGCAGAACAUCUUUUAGUGCUGAAUGCGGUUUCUAAUUUAUCACUAGCUGUUGAAAAAAUUGAUAGGAACCUUUCCAUGCUGAAAGAUAAUAAUGCAGCACUUGUUAAAAGAAUUGAAGGGAACCAAAGGAACCUCAUUUCCACGCUGAAUAAUAAUAAUGCAGCACUUGUUGAAAGACUGGAUAAUAAUAAUACAGCACUUAUAAAAGCAAUAGGAAGUUUAAAACAGAAAUAA